ACUCGCUUGAGCCUCGAGCCCGUGCUGUUGGUGGACGAUGUGCCUCUCGAUGGUGAAGGUGGGGGACUCUGUGAUGGUGAGUUGAAAGGGAUGGGGCGAGAGAGUAUCUGGCCCAUGGAAGAUGGGAGGGAGGAGGAACGAGGGGCUGGGGCAGCGCCCGAGGGGAAGAGAUGCUUUGUGGAUGAAGAGGAGACAGAGUGA